GCCGGUGACCUCAGAAAAACUACCUCAACCGCCGCCAGUCCUCACUGCGAUGCCGACGUCUCCGGUGAAAACGCGGAUCCCACUGACCAGCUUCGGACACUUGAUCACCGAAGUGAAGGUGAGAAGCCACGCGAGGCUGCCGCGCGCGAGGCUGUGACCCGAGUGUUCCGUCUGAACCACGAACCAGACCAGGACGAAUCAUCCCUGAUGAAGACCAGCACGUUGCUCCCGGAAACGUUUGGUGACCGUCGACCUGUAGAGCCUGACGCACGAGUCCAGGGGCUGCGCGCAGGGACGAGGCAGAUCUUUGGCGUGGAGGCGCCGCCGCCCGCGCAGCUCACGGGACUGAGGAAGCACUUCAACAGCUACACUCUGCAGGGACGCCGAAACUGCGUCCUGGCCACCUACGGGAUCCUGCUGGCAGCGGCGGCGGCGUAUUACGUUCACCAACAGAAUAAACCGUCGCCGUCCUGAACCUUGUUGUUGGCAUGAUCAUGUGACUCCAAUAAAGCAUCUCUCCAUG